AUGCGGAUCGAGAAGUGCUAUUUCUGCUCAAAAAAUGUCUACCCGGGACAUGGCUCGGCAUUUGUGCGUAACGAUGCCAAAGUUUUCCGAUUCUGCACCUCGAAAUGCCAUAAGAAUUUCAAGAUGAAGAGAAAUCCUCGUAAAGUGAGAUGGACGAAGGCGUUUAGGAAGGCCCACGGAAAAGAAAUGACAAUCGAUUCAACUUUCGAAUUCGAGAAAAGACGAAAUGUACCUGUACGCUACAACCGCGAGCUUAUAGCGACUACAAUCAAGGCUAUGAAGCGCGUUGGGGAGAUUAGACAGCGACGCGAGCAGGCAUUUUGGAGAAACAGACUGGCCGCAAGCCGUGCGAAAUUGCUUGCACAUCGCCGGAAGAAGAAACUUGCCACUCCGAGCUCGGUCAAGCUAUUACAGCCAAUGGCAGCGCUGUCAGUCGAAGAAGAGCCAGAAAAGAUCAAGCAGAAGGUCCGAGUAUCUACGAAGAAAAGCGCACUUGUACCAAGCGAGGGACGCUCUAUGGGUAUGGAGAUCGACUGA